AAUAUUGGAAGGGAAAGCCGUGCUAGCGGCGGCAUCCCUUUACUCCUUCACUCACCAUCGUAGGAGCGCCACUCGCACUUGUGUUUCUUGUGCUUCUUCCCCAUGUCCGGACAGCAGCCACCGCACUCCUUUCGAGCCGCCGAUUCUGCGCAGCCCCGCGCGCCCAACGGCGCCUCGCUGACGGGAGUAAGCAAUCGCCUGGCGUCUGCUUCCUGUUAGGAGGUUGUUUGGGGUUGGGCGUCGGUGAAGGAAACCUCCCGACGGGUACAGAUUUUAAAACCGAUGAAGUACGGUUCAACGAUUCCCAAUCAUUCCCAUCCCUCGGUUGGUGAAACUUGUCAACUUUGUUUUCCUCCCCACUUCGCUAAAUGUUCCCUCGAGAGUCUGUCGACUGUCCCCGCAGAUCGCAACCAAUGCGGUUGCGGCGUGGGUGAGUGUCAGGAGGUUACAGCCAAUCGGCAGUACAUUCGGAGCGCAAAGGCGGUGCUGGAAGGUAAUUGACGUUCCGGUCGGCUAAUGACAGUGACAAGCGGAUGGCGUUAGCCAAUCACGACGGUCUCUCCGGCAUCGGUCCCACAUCCUACCGGAUGUGACGCGAGGAGAGUCUGGAGCUUGUGCUGUGGCGGGCGCUGGAUUUGAGUUUUCUGCCGGUGAGAGAGCUGAAGGAACUUUAAUUCUAAAUGGAUGCUGCAGCUGGAGAAUUAAAACAAGCUUUACCGUGUUUUGAAUCCAUGCAAAUACAUGUGGAAGUCUGUGUGAAACAGAACAGUACUGUGAAGCAGGAAGAUGUGCGGCUGAGUGUGUUGCAACUACUAAGCAGACACCGCGUGGUAUUUGGCGAUUAUGCAUGGAUGGAAUUUGAUGAUGAAUUUCUGACAAAACAUGUAAGCUCUGUAUGCAUUGUGGACACGGAUCUUACAUUUAAGGACAGACAGCCUAUUGACCUGACAAAAUCCAGCAUUUCAAUUUAUAUAUUUCGUCUAAAUGAAGAAGGUCCAUCCUCUGAUGCUUUGGAGGGGGAAGAGGAGAACAUGCCAGCCUCAAAUAACUGGCUUCUACCUGCUGGUGAGUUCCAUGGACUCUGGGAGAGCUUGAUAUAUGAUAAUGAGGUUAAAUCACAAUUACUUGACUACGUCUCAACUACUUUACUGUUUUCUGACAGAAGUGUUGAUAGCAAUUUGAUUACCUGGAAUCGAGUGGUGCUACUUCAUGGUCCCCCAGGAACUGGUAAAACAUCUUUAUGUAAAGCACUAGCUCAAAAACUUACUAUUCGAUUUUCUCACCGAUACCGGUAUGGACAGCUAAUAGAAAUCAAUAGCCAUAGCCUCUUCUCCAAAUGGUUUUCUGAGAGUGGAAAACUUGUUACAAAAAUGUUUCAAACCAUUCGGGAUCUAAUUAUGGAUACAGAAUCUCUAGUAUUUGUUUUAAUUGAUGAGGUCGAAAGUUUGACAGCAGCUAGGAAUGCUUCAAAGUCUGGAACAGAGCCAUCUGAUGCUAUUCGAGUAGUUAAUGCUGUAUUGACACAAAUAGACCAGAUCAAAAGAUUUCCCAAUGUUAUAAUUCUGACUACAUCAAAUAUCACAGAAAAAAUAGACUUGGCUUUUGUGGACAGAGCAGAUAUCAAGCAGUACAUUGGGCCACCAUCUGCUGCAGCUAUUUUUAAGAUCUAUCUUUCCUGUCUGGAGGAACUAAUGAAGUGCCAAAUCAUCUAUCCUAGGCAGCAACUGCUCACCUUGAGAGAAUUGCAGAUGAUCAGCUUCUUAGAAAAUGAUGUGUCCAGGCUAAGUUUAGCACUUAAGAAUAUUGCGGCGAAAAGUGAAGGACUGAGUGGACGAGUUUUGCGAAAGCUACCUUUCCUAGCUCAUGCACUGUACAUUCAGUCAUCAUCUGUAACAGUAGAGAAAUUUUUGGAAGCUCUCUCCGUGGCAGUGGACAGACAGUUUGAAGAACAAAAGAAACUAAACGCUAUCGAUGGCAAGAUAUAGUAUCAUCAGUCAACUGUGUUAUUACAAACAUUUGUGUAGGAUGCUGUCAAAUGCAGGUGAAAUCCUUUAUAGUUGCUAAGAUUGGCCUCCAUAAACUGACAGAGUUAUGAUACUAGGCAUAAUGAUGGUGGUGGCUAAAAGUUUGAGCUUUGUUUCUGUCUAAAUUGGUACGUUUUGUUUCUGAUAAGUUACUGUAGGAUAACUCCAUGUAGAUCCAUUACAGUUACCAAGCCAAUAGCCAAAGCAUUCUAGAAACCAUUCUGUUUUGUCUGCCAUACUUGACAAAAUUAAAUACAGCUUACAGCAAAGAGACUAAUUAUUCAGCCUUGAUAAUCUAUUCCAGUGAAUGCUGCACAUGAGCUUCCUUCCUUACACUUGUAUCUAAAUUCAUUGCUCCACGUUUCUGUUCCUUUCUGCCUCGUGUACUUUUGUUGCUUUCUUUAAAUUUGUCUUUCAGUUUCAAUCAUUAAAGCCCAGUUGCUUCACUGAAAAUAAAAAUGAGAUCAUUGGCUACUUGACACCCUGAAGCUGUUUUGCUUCUGAAAUACCCAAUUCACAUUAAAGUUUGUCAAAAUUGAAAAAUGUUCUGUUAUUUGCAUACAAAGGCAAUGUAUUUUUAUGCAACAUCUGCCUUUGUGGCAAGAUCUGAUGCUGCUUGUACCAACAUGGAAGAAUAUCAGUAGAAAUAAAAUCCUAUUCCAUUGUAAGAACAGAACAUCAGAACAACUUCGGUCGACUUUUCUUUCGGGGAGCAAAAACAUCUUUAACAAUCAUUUUAAAAUUGGUCUUCUACAUUACAUCACUAUCAAUGUGAUAAAUGUGUCCUAUGUGAUGAACUAAUUCUUGCAGUUCCACCAUUUAGACAUUACUUGUUAAAUAACACUUACGGAAUUAUUUAUUGAAAAUCACAGCGACCUAGCAAUGGUGAAACUAGAUUUUUGUUGGAGAUAGUUUUUGUAACAGGUUACAGUGUAGACUUAAGUAGUUUGUUUCUGUACAAUACAUACUGUUCGGCCCAAAAUGGUCUGUGUUGGUGUUUAUGCGUUACACUAGGGAUCUCCAACUCUCUACUUAAUCACAUCAGAAUAUCCUUCUAUUCUUCUCUCUCUAGCUUCUCCUUUAACUGUAUGCCCUAUUUAUUUCGAUUACUCCUUGCAGUAGGGAGUUCCACAGUGCAAAAGUGGACAAAGAGGUUUCUCAUGAAGUCCCUGCUGUAUUUGUUGCAGUUGUGCUGACCCACUGAGAUAAAUAGUCUUUAGUCUCUGGCUUGACCUUACUGAUUUUUCUGUUCCUGGUGGCUUUGCCGUGUCAAGCUAAUACUUUUUUGAAUAAUAUUAAACUGUUAGCCGCACUGUCACGAUCACACCAAAACAAAAGAAAAUUCAGGAAAGAUUUUUGUCUUUUGACACUUUCUAACACAAUUCUAUACUGAAAUGAGAAAUAUGUUCCAUUGUUUUUAUAAUUCACCAAUCACCUUGGAACAAAGGUAUUUGAAAAGGCAGUUUUUAAAUCCAGCUGUGAUCACUAAAGUUCAUCACUUGUACUAUUGAACAAAAUCUAGGUUUUGUACAAGAUUUUGACCAAAACUAUUCUCAAUUUUGAGAACAAGCUGGAGAUAUGUUUAUGCAAAAUUUUGAAAAAUUUAAAGGAAUGAUUCGAAGUUUUAUGACCAAGUUGACCUGAAUUUGGUGAAUGCUUACCUUAAUGACUUUAUAUUGACCUAAGAAUUAGUGCAGCUUUGUGAAAUGAUUAGGUAAAGCCUAAACAAGUAUGCCGUACACAGUUUUCAUGUAAUUUUUAAUAAAGGUUUAAACAAGGCUUAAAGUCACAAUCUUUGUGCUGAGCAAAUCUGUUCAGGUUACAGAUCACUGUAUUUCAUUACCAACAUUGUAGAUUAAUGCAAAUGUAGUUUACGAAUGAAGAGGCAACAGAAGAGAAGCUCAAGUUAUUUCAAAGCUUUGUUUACAUGCCACAGUUGCAAAUUGUUGUCAAAGGUAACAGUUUUU